AUGGCACCCAGUUUUGAUUGUGUCUCAAGCCUCCUCUGUACAGAAGACGACAGCAUUUUUGACGAAAACGAUAAUGGGGUUUCGUUGGAGAUGUUGGAGGAUACAUGGCAUCCUAGAUAUCGUCGAAACCAUAAUCAAAGCGAGUACUUUGGUGACCCAAAUGGGUGGUUGCCAUUGCAGAGUGAAGAGUGUUUGGCUCUAAUGUUGGAAAAGGAAUGCCAUCACUUGCCUGGUGGUGAUUACUUGAAAAGGCUGCGAAGUGGGGAUUUGGAUUUUGGGGCCAGAAAGGAGGCCAUUGAUUGGAUUGAAAAGGUGCGAAAGCAUUUUGGCUUUGGACCUCUCUGUGCAUAUCUAUCCAUAAACUACUUGGAUCGCUUCCUUUCUGCAUAUGAAUUACCUAAGCAAAGAGCUUGGACCAUGCAAUUGUUGGCUGUGGCAUGCUUAUCUCUGGCAGCCAAAUUAGAGGAGACUGAAGUUCCUCUAUCUCUUGAUUUGCAGGUGGGUGAAUCUAAGUUUGUAUUUGAAGCUAAAACAAUAAAGAGAAUGGAGCUUCUUAUACUGAGCACAUUGAGGUGGAGAAUGCAAGCAAUUACCCCUUUCUCUUUCAUUGACUAUUUCCUUUGCAAGAUCAAUGAUGAUCAAAGUCCAAAAGGAGCUUCAAUUUUGCGAUCCGUCCAACUUAUACUGAGUACUGUUAGAGGAAUUGACUUCUUAGAGUUCAGACCAUCAGAGAUUGGAGCAGCAGUGGCAUUAUCUGUGGUGGGGGAAACCCAAACGGUUCAUACUGAGAAAGCAAUUUCUGUUCUGAUUCAGCACAUAGAAAAGGAGAGGGUCUUGAAGUGUGUUAAAAUGAUCCAGGAGCUCUCAUCAAACAGUGGUUGUGCUAAGGAUACUAGUGCUUCAGUUUCUGUCCCUUGUGUGCCUCGAAGCCCAAUAGGGGUGUUGGAUGCUGUAUGCUUCAGCUACAAAAGUGAUGACUCAAAUGCUGGAUCAUGUGCAAAUUCUUCACAUAAUAGCCCAGAUGCUAAAAGGAGGAAGCUAAACAAAACCUGUGGAGUAUAGCUAUUGUAGUGAUGUUGGUUGGGAAUUUUAGCAUCAUUCAUAGGAUGCCUUUCUAGAAAAGGACGUUGUGUGUUUUAGGGAAGGUGCCACCUCAAGGGAAUACCAAUGAAGG